AUUAAAUGGUUGAGAAGCUGGGGAUUCAACAGGACAAAAUUGUUGAAUUGUCCAAUCUUUUGUACAAGAAUUAUGGGACAACAAUGGCUGGCCUCAGGGCUGUUGGUUAUGACUUUGACUAUGAUGAAUACCACAGUUAUGUUCAUGGAAAGCUCGCUUAUGAUAACUUGAAACCAGAUCCUCAAUUGAGGAGACUGUUGAUGACUUUGCCUCUUAGAAAAAUUAUCUUCACAAAUGCAGACAGGGCCCAUGCUGCUAAAGCCCUUAGCAAGCUCGGGUUAGAAGACUGUUUCGAAGGGAUUAUCUGCUUCGAAACACUCAACCCUACCCAUAAGAACAUGGUUUCCGAUGACGAAGACAACAUUGAAUUCUUAGGGUCACCUGCUACAAGUGAUGAUGGUCGUAGCAGGAGCAGCCCUGAAAUUUUCGACAUAAUUGGCCAUUUUACUCAUCCGAAGCCAGAUGUAACAUUGCCCAAGACACCCGUCAUCUGCAAGCCGCAAGAAUCAGCCAUCGAACGAACUCUCAAGAUUGCCAACGUCAACCCUCAGAGAACAUUGUUCUUCGACGAUAGUGUCCGCAACAUCCAGGCUGGGAAACAUGUUGGUCUCCACACUGUCCUGAUCGGCUCUUCCCAGAGACCAAGAGGUGCAGAUUAUGCAUUAGAAAGCAUUCACAACAUUAAGCAGGCGUUGCCAGAGCUGUGGGAGAUGAAAUCCGAAGUCAACUAUGCCGGACAAGUUGCGGUGGAAACAUCAGUGACAGCUUAGAUCGUCUUAUGUUUUCUAUUAAUCGAAAAAUGGCAUCAAAAUGCCUAGUGAGAUCAUAUUGUUCCCAUUCCUAUGUUCAUAUGAUGUAGAUGUAUUGUUCUGAUCUUCAUUAUAUAUGGCCAUAAAUAAAGGGAAAAUUCUCAUUUUCUACGUUAA